GGCAAUAUACCAUUAGCCAACUCUCAGCCGCUCUUCCCGCACUCGUACUUUUCAAAAGCGUUGACUGAUUAAAAUUGAUGAAAAUUUCCGACUGUGCUGGAGCCGCACUGCUAUUGCCUCGAGCAUCUGCAAGUGUCAUUGCAAUUAAAAGCGCUUAAUUGCGCUACAAUGAGGAGGAAAACAACUACAAUAAAAACAACAGCGGCAAUUGUUGGAAAAUAAACCACAACAACAACAAGAAGAGAAGAAAAAUAAAAUAACAGCAAAUGCAAUUGGAAAUUAGGAAUAAAGUGAAGGGCAGAGCAAAAAGCAAGCGAAUAGUGCCGGAAAAGUAGUGUGACAGAAAGUGAAGGGAGAGAAGUAAAAGAAGAAGGAGAGUAGUGGGCGUGUAAAAGCGUCAGCUAAAUUGGACAGUUGAACGGUAAAGCAAAAACGGCGCAGCAGACGUGUAGACGCCGCCAUGUUGCUGCCCACAUCGUGCGGACCAGGGCCACCGCUUCCGCCGCCACCUCCACCGCCGCCGCCGCCGCCACCAGCAUCAUCAGCAAUGCUGGACGCCCAUGCCAGCAAACGCCAUGAGUCACAAAAACGGGUGGAAAGACGUGAAAAUUGUGAAAAUGAUGAAAAUGUGAAACAAAAACAGCAAAAGUCAAUAGUAGGUGGGGGCGAAAUAAAAAUGAAGGGAAUGAAACUAAAAACUGCAGCAGCCAGAGUAGAAACAGAGGAAGAGCUAUUGGCCGGCAAUGUUUUGGUUGAGAAAAUAGCAUUCAAGUCAGUGGGUAUAGGCGAGCGCAGCGUUGCUGUUACUGAUGCUGAUGAUGAUUUUAGCAUAACAGCAACAACAGGAAAUGCUCCAGCAGCAUCAGCAACAACAAUCAGCAAUUGUGUUGCAUUUAUUGAGAAAAGCGUUGUUGACAAAAGCAAAAACAGUUGGUCAAUUUUAAAAUUACCAAUGAUGCUCACAGCAGCACUGACAACAGCAACAAAAACUCUAACAAUGCCAGUGGCGAAAGAAGCAACAAGAAAAAUUGACUUGAAAACAAAAACAGCUACUGACAAAAUAAUAAUAACAGCAGACAAGAAGCGGGCAACAGUUGGCAUUACAACAACUGCAACAAAAACAUCGGCUACAAGCUCCGACAUUCAUGUAAAUUCGGCCAGUUCAAAAGGUGCUGCAAAAUUAACAACGCCAGCAGCAGCAACAACAACACCAACUACUAAAUGGCUGCUAAUGUGGCUAAUGGUUUUUACUGUAAUGGCCCAAGCGCCUCUACAUCAAGUGGCUGCCGAAAAGAGCAAACACUAUUACAUGCAAGCUCUGUGCAAGAAUCACUUCCUACAGCAGCUAUAUCGUAAAAUCGAUGGCGCUGUACUUUGGUCGCAAAAUGAACGCAAUCUAGACUGCAUCAUCACAUUUCAAACGCAUUCGAUAUUGCAACGUUUCAUGUUGCGCUUCGAUAUGUUGCAACUGGACUGCAAUGAUCAUCUGUACGUGUAUGAUGGAGCGCAUGCGGUGGCCACACCGAAGGUAAGUUCAACUUAGCCAAUGUACUUGCAUAA